AUGGGAGUUGUAGUUAGAAUUGAUUUUGUACUUCCUGCUUUGAGAAGGAAGAGUAAGAAAAUUCGGCUUUGGACCAAAAAGUUGUUCGUCUGCCAAAAAGUGUCACCACGACGAGAAAGAAGUGAACACACAGCCAGAAUGUCUCUGAUGGAACGAGGGGGCGUCCGGCCCAUCACGGCAGUGGCGUGGACCUCUAACACCGGCACCUGCCCCAAAGACUUCACUCUGAUCAGCAUCACAGAAGACGGAGCGGCAGCGAACUUUACUCGCAGUUUUGGGAUGAAGUCUGGAUAUUACCUGUGUUACUGCAAGGACCUGGCAGGUGGGAUGGUGGUGUCAGAUAUUCAGCUCAUUUCAGACAAGGACUCCAUCCCUCAUGGUUACUGCUACAUCGCCGAGCACCUCGAGCCCAAGGCGUCGGUUACCAAGAAGAAGCGUGUGUGUGUACGUGUGGUCCCCGUGGGCAGCGUGGACACAGCUGUGCUGGACAUCAAACUGACGGCCAAAAGCAAAAUGAUGCUGCAGCACUACACAUACGUGGGAGACGUCCAUGGCUAUGUGCUGUGGUGCAGGAAGGGUUAUUUUUCAAGCCCCCUGCCCAAAGCGAAGCCCCGCAGCGUCAGCCUGGACCUCCGCGGACUCUCCCUGGACCAGCCCCCUGCCCCCCUGCCCCUCAGACCCAGCAACCCUCCUCCUCCGCUGCCACAGAACAAGAUAAGUCAAAGACGUCGCAGCCUCCACACCAAAGACACCCAGGACAAACCUGCAGACAGCAACGUCCAGGGAAUCACAGCUCUAGACGGAGUUCCCUUCAGCCUCCAUCCAAAGUUUGACGUCCAGACAAACAGCUCUGCUCUUCAGGUGAACUCUCAACUGAAUAACAUUCGGAUCAAGUCUCUGCAAGACAUCGAAAACGAGUAUCACUACGCCUUUGUUGUGGAGGAAAACGCUGCCAAGAGGACCAGACCGUCAAUAGGAGAAACCCUGUCAGAGCAGUGACCUUUGAACCCUGACAAAGCUUUGUUACUCCACCUCACAUCACGGUGAUGAUGAAGGAUGAUGCUGCCCACAUGUUGGCCUGUAAGAUUAGACUUCACAUGGAUUCAAAUGGUGAAUCAGAACGCCAAUUUAAAGGUCACAGAAAGGCACGUCUGUUUCCACUCAGACAAUCAGCAUUUAGAAUGUGUCUAUUUCUCACGUUUUCCUCUCCAUUCCUGCUGUUAUAUCAUGAAGUCUUCAAGCAUUCCUGCUCUAAAGGAAACAUGUGUGAUUUAAUGAUUCUAAAUGUUCUGUUUCUGAUCUGCAUCAUCGACCUCUAACGACUCAUUAAAGCUGCUGCUCAUAAAACAGAUUGAAGCCUCAGAUAAAGACACCAUCACGUUAUCAUCCAUGUCUGUCGCCCCCUACUGUUAGGACAUGGUGUUACACGCUAAGAUGAACUGCACGUUGCAGAAACAUUCUUCUUGAAAAACAUAUUUAGGCACUACAGAAUUUUUGAGUUGCAUGCAUUAUAGGAGCAGUAUGUAACUCUGACCUCUAGUGUUUAAAAUGGGUACUGCAGUCUAAAUUCUAAACAUUGUAGAGAGCUG